CCACACUUGUUAUGCAUUGUAUGCUGUACAGGUGGGAACAAAUGGACGCAAUUAUGUUGUGAUCUCUGUGAGUCUGUGUGGCGAAAUGCCGAACAAGUUUGUUUAUUUGUUGUCAAUCUCGUAGACUAGUCGUCUUCGGCAUAGGCCCAGGAAGCCGAGGUGCAUGUACACCAACAGCCGUGGACUGCUCUUCAACAAUUCCGAACUUCAAAAUGCCUCCUCCAUCUUCACUUUCGACACCCGUUACAAGAUUACAUUUGAGUGGAUUACGGUGGAUUGUUACUGUGUUCUCUUUAGGCAUUUUGACGAUUUGCACUUCGGCAGGUGAGAUCAAAGCUCCAAGAUUCUGCGAAGACCUGCGGGCAGAGGAGAGUAAUCAGACCGCACAGGUGCUACCUGAUGGAUCCCUGCUUAUUAAUGAAGGGGACAAUCUUACCCUGACCUGCUGUGGGGACUAUCCUAUAGAGUGGACGGCUGAUAUCGUACCUGAGCUGGACCCCAAUGACCCAAAUCUCCUUGUCUCCCACCAUAACAUUUCGACGUCCCGGGGCUAUAAGUAUUAUUCCACAUUAUUCUAUCAUGACGUGGCUUUUGACCAUACAGGCCGAUACUGGUGUCAUUAUGUCAACAACACGGCCUUCAACGACAGUGUGUACAUUUACUCCUAUGAUCCUAUAAAACUGAUGGCAAUGACGCCGGCAGAGGCACUUUUCCAUCUGCCUGUAAUCACUGUACAUCAGAACAGGCCAGCUGUAGUCCCUUGUCGCGUCACGCACCCCAAUGUUAGUAUUGUCCUGAGGAAGCCCAAACAUCCCAAUUUUCAAGACGUUCAACUCGGCACAGAUGUGUUGUAUGAUCCCCAGAAGGGCUUCACUCUGCUCUAUCCAAACAAAUUUUUUCAUGGGUCUUUCAAUUGCGUGGCUGAAUACAGAGAAAAAACUGAGUCCAAGGUGAUAGUUUUGUACUACAUAGCCAGCACCAGCCCGCCCACUCCUUCUCUGGAAGCUAGUGAUACGGAUGUGUUCGAAGGGAAGAGUUUUAACCUCACAUGUAGAGUCACGCUGUACCAACUUGCUGUUGUUAGGUUUGAGUACGAUGCCCAAGAGGAUUCAGAUCGGAUAAUUGCAACCGCAACCAAAAGAAGCGGGAAUGCUCUUGAAGCUAGAUUGGAUGUGUUUGAUGCGCGGAAAAAUGACAGUGGUGAAUACAGAUGUGUUGUUGAAACACUUGCCCCCAAAUACAGCUUUAAAAAAAUAUACAUCCGUGUUUAUGAUGAGCCAGUGGUUACUCUAACACCAGUACAGGAUGUUGUUACCAGUGUGCGGGGAAGGAAAGUGGAAAUGAGUGUGAAUGUGUUUGUUGUAGCAGACGGUCCAGUCACCUGUAAAUGGUACAAAGAUGGACACGAAAUCCACUCUGAUGACCCUGUCUUCACAUUGAAAAAUCCCACAAAUGUGUGCAAGAAUGGGGAGAUGUCCCUGAUUGUGAAUGAUGUGACACUAGAUGAGGCAGGUGUCUACACGCUGCUUGCUCAGCUCAACAACAAGAACUUCACCUCCGCAGACAUGGAGCUCCUGGUCUAUGUUGGAGGAGAGGUAGAGAUCUCUGUACCCGAAACAGCGCCUUAUUACCCUGUGGACCAAAAUAGCAGCUUAGUUUGUAAAGGGUCCGGUAUACCUCCACCUAACUUAAGCUGGAGCUGGCAGCCCUGUGACUACCCUGACUGCUCAGUGAUGAAGACUGCUUGGGUUAAUGAAGACCAGCUUGAUUGGCCUAAUAAUAGUGUGACGAUAACAAACACAACACACACAAAGACUUUGCAGAUCCUACCACAAAGUUCUGGAUUCUUCAGAUGCACUGCCAGAAACGAAAUCGGCACCUCCAGCAGUUCGGUCCAGGUUAUUCUGUCUGAGAAUGAGCGUGGGUUCUGGGCUGAAUUAAGCCCUUCUGAGACAGUGGAAGGAGACCAGGUCCUCAUACAGUGUGGAGCCAAUAUGUGGAUAUAUAAGCGUGUGGAAAUCCUAGACGCCAUUUCCCAGACAUCAACCAGCCACACAGUACAAAAGGGCGAGUAUUCGUGGUUUGCUGAGAAAAAGUUUGAAAACAUUAAGAUUUCAGACAGCGGUUAUUUCCAAUGCAUAGGUCACAACUGGAACGGUUCAACCACUGUGAGGAACAUCACUCUUCAAGUCCUAGCUGCUGUGCAUCCCUCAUUUAUACAGUCUGUGGAAGGUAAGGUCUUCGCUGCCAAGGGGUCCUCAGUAACCCUGCAAUGUCUGGCAAAAGGAAGACCUCGACCCACAGUGCAGUGGUUAAAAGACGGUGAGCCUAUCCCAGAUUCUAAUUUCACAGAUGUGUACAUCACUGAAGACCAAAGAAGGUUUACUAUCAAGUCAGCAGAUGAAAGCACAGUGGGCUUGUAUUCCUGUUAUGCUGAGAACAGACUGGGUCACGUAGUGGGGAACAUCUCUGUGGUUCUUAGUGAUGGGAUGUAUCUGGAUUCAAUCGUGGGUCAAGCUGAGAUUGGGAUUAUUGUUGCCAUCCUGCUGGCUGCUGUUCUCAUCAGCGUUCUUGUCAUAUUCUUACUGCGUCAGAAGCUUCAGAGAAACACGUUGAAAGACUUGGAAAACUUCCUGAAAGCCCCAAAAGGAGAGUACAACCCAGACAUUCCAGUUUCAGAACAAGCCGAGUCUUUGCCGUAUGACGCCAAGUGGGAGUUCCCAAAGGAAAGACUCAGGCUGGGCACAGUGAUUGGUCAGGGAGCAUUUGGACGUGUGCUGAAGGCAGAGGCCAUUGGGAUUGUGGAACACAUUGAUGUAACACCUGUAGCUGUUAAGAUGGUUAGAGACUGCACAGACAGGGAGCAGAUGAUCUCUCUGAUGUCAGAGUUGAAGAUCCUGAUUCACGUGGGACAACACCUGAACAUCGUUAACCUGCUAGGAGCUGUCACCAAGGACAUCAGGAGAGGUGAGCUAUAUGUUAUCGUGGAGUACUGCCCCUUUGGUAACAUGAGAAACUACUUGCUGAAGCACAAGGAUAGUUUCAAGGACACGAUGGAGGACUACCGCGACCCAGUGAUAGAGAAGCGACGCGAGGCCAACCGUGAUUCCACACAGCCGUACUACAUGAACAAGGCUGAGCCGUACUCAGGUAGCCACCUGGUGGGCCCAGCACUCACUACCAAGAACCUUGUGUGCUUUGCAUUCCAAGUGGCUCGAGGUAUGGAGUACCUGGCCUCCAGAAAGUAUAUUCAUCGUGAUCUGGCAGCUAGAAAUGUAUUGAUAGCAGAAGACAACAUUGUGAAGAUCUGUGAUUUUGGAUUGGCUAAGGAAUGUUACCGUACAGAAGAGUACCACAAGAAAGGAGAUGGCCCUGUACCAGUGAAGUGGAUGGCAAUAGAAUCUCUUACUCACAGACUGUAUACCACGAAGAGUGAUGUGUGGUCUUAUGGGGUACUUUUGUGGGAGUUAUUUACACUUGGUGGAAACCCUUACCCUGGCAUGGAGAUCAACGAGUCUUUCAUCAUGAAACUGAAGAAUGGCUACAGAAUGGAGAAACCACCUUUUGCUUCUGACGAGAUGUACAAAGUAAUCAUGAGUUGUUGGAACAUGGACGCUGAUGCCAGGCCUGGUUUUGAUGAGCUGGUCACUAUGAUGGGAGAAUUCCUGGAGGAAAAUGUGAAACAGUAUUACCUGGACCUGAGCAUGUCUUCACCGUAUGGAAAGGAGCUGUGUGAUGAGGAAGAGGAGUUGUGCGGGUCGCAGAAGCUGUCGGGGGCUAACGGCCAUAGCGAUGGUUACCUGAGGAUGUCUGGUCAGCCCGGUUACCAGUCCAUGAGCAACCACGCCAAAGACAAGGAUGUGGUCAAACUGGACAUCGAUGAAGACAAAGUCCGCUACCACAACCUCACAUCAAAGUGGGGCAAAGAUACGGACGGUCAGAUGGACACGAGGCCGAUGCUAGAACUGGAGGAGGCUCCGGUUGUGAGGAUCCCGAAUGGGCGCGCACAAGCGCCCAGUGGCCAAAAGGAAAGGGAGACUACUCCAACGCGAGACAAGACUUCCCCAGCCAAGUCCAGUACAAAGGUACAGGUUCAUGGAAAUAAUAAUGAGGGCGGUAGUGGGAACUCUAGUAAGUGUAACUCUGCCUUACAGGACAAUGAUGGGUACCUGGUGCCUGUCACUCACACAAAAGGGGCGGGGACGACUCAUGAACAGGAGCCACUACUUAGUAAAGACAAUCGAGGGAAGCCUGAGUCGAUUAAGUCUGAUGCUUCCAGCGGGUUUCAUUCAGAUUAUGCUUGGGAUGAAGUUGUGCCCCCUACCUACAGUGUGGCUGUGAAAGAUGCUGAACAAGGGGAAGUAACUGUUUGAUUUCCGUACAAAAGUGAUGCACAUGUCAGUAUUAGUGGACCAUUUCCUUGCAGCUAAUUGGUGUCAGAAGGCCCAAGCAAAGGGAUGCAUACCUCACCCUAGUAGCAUUACGUGCAUUGAUAACGAGCCUGAACAUUGCUUGUAAGCUGUAGUACAGUAAACAAACAUUUCAUAGGAAAUGGGAAAAGACUUCAUGUAAGGUGGCAUGAUUUGUUUCUCAAGUCUCAACAACAGAUCAGCAUAGAUCUGAACAAGCAACUUCAAAUCUCAGGAGUGGGCUCUUGAUAUAUUGAGCUGAAUUGUGUUGUGAAACAAGCCAGUCAGAGACCAACCCUAUGAAAAAUGAAAUUGGUUGGAAAUAUAUGAAUGUACCUGUACAGGUGAAAGUAUACACAGGUGUGCAUGCAUUUACGUAUACCCAUGCAUACAUGUACAGAGGAUAUAGGUAAAUGUACCGUGAAAUUCCACAAAUACUAGUCACUCGUUAAAAUGUGUAGUUAUUUCAUGGUUACAGUGCAUGUAUGCUUCUGGCACUUUAUGAAACAUACAAAUUGUUCUUGUACAGUGUAUAUUCAGGGACUAUAUAAGUUUGAAUCUAUCCUAUUUAUACAUACAUGUACAUGUGUCGGUAAUUAAUUUCCCAGAAGGCAAGGCCAAAGGCAUUGACUUGUGAUAACUGAGUUUUUAUAUACCUGUACGUGUCAAUUUAAAUUAUAUUUACUGAACAAUAGAUAUAUCUUCUAGAUGAUUCAAAAGUUAAUUGAAAUUCAGACUGUUCAUCAUCAAGAUAACAUUUGCAUAUGGAUUGUAGUGUUUUUCUGUACAUGUACAUAAUUUAAACUAAAUUAAAGUAAUUUAGUUUAAAUUAUGUACAUGUAUAUGGUACCGUACUUAAAUUCAGAACUUUGAUCCAUUUCAAAAAUUUGAAAAUCUCAAAAGUAAGAACAUGUCUAUUUCAAACAUGUUAUUAUUCACUUAUUUCAAGUGAAUGUGAUACAACAACAUGUAUAGUUACACGUAUUUGAAGGCUUGCGUACAUGUGACUUGUCUGAGCUUACUUUUUCUGAUGUAUCAUCAACAUACAUUGUAUAUGCACUUUUCUGGAAUUUGAUGCCUAAUAAUGACUUUCAUCUUGUGUAGUUAUACUGCUUGUAAAACUGUAAAUACAGUGAAUUAAAAGUAAAGACGUGCUUAUUUUAUCAUGUUCUGAUGGGCCAGCUAUGACAACCUCUUUUUUUUGUACGUACAAUACUAUCUAACAUUUGCAUUUACAUUUUUUUACAUCAGGUUGAAAGCAAUUUAUUUUUUCUAUUAGCCCACAUAAUGGACAAUUCUAAUUUUGCUAUGAUCUACAUCUACAUAUGUACAAAGUCACUUCUUCGCUCUCUAAAUAUACAGAACUUUUUGCAUUAUUUGAACCAUUUGAUAGUUGAUAUAUCCAUCUGUGUUGAUUGCGAGGUGUUUACACAUGUGUACACCAGUGCUAGUGCACCAAGUACAUGUACACAUGCAAGCAGACCUUGUAGGUGUGACAUACCCAACAUGGAUGUACAUGUGGUUGCUAAUACUGUAAGGCAAUGCUGAUCCUAGAACAUACAGGACAUGACUAGAUAUGUACAUUGUAUGUAGUACAUGUAGCUGCUGAUUUCAGUUUUGAUCCAAAGACAUUAAGGUACAUGUACAUGUAGCUGCUGAUCUCAGUGUUGAUCCUAAGACAUUAAGGUACAUGUACAUACACACACAUGUACAUACAGUUUCUGGUCUCAUUUCUCAUCCUAGGAUUCACUGGACAUGGAUGUACAUGUACAUGUGAUAACCAGCCUUUUUGCUUAUCCUAGGACACACUGGACAUGGACGUAAAUGUACAUGUAGUUAACAGUCUUGUUGCCUAUCCUAGGACAUAGUGGGCAUGGAUGUGCAUGAAGUUAGCAGUCUUGUUGUCUAUCCCAGGACAUAUUGGGCAUGAGCAUACAUGGAGUCAGCAGUCUUUUUGCGUAUCCUAGGAUGUGUUGGGCAUGGAGGUACAUAAGGUUAGCAAUCUUGUAGCCCAUCCUAGGACAUAUUGGGCAUGGAGGUACAUGAAGUUAGCAGUCUUCUUGCCUAUCCCAGGACGUAUUGGGCAUGGAGGUACAUGAAGUUAGCAGUCUUGUUGCCUAUCCCAGGACGUAUUGGGCAUGGAGGUACAUGAAGUUAGUAGUCUUGUAACCUAUCCUAGGACAUAGUGGGCAUGGACAUACAUGUACAUUAAGUUAGCAGUCUUGUUGCCUAUCCUAGGACAUAGUGGGCAUGGACAUACAUGUACAUGAAGUUAGCAGUCUUCUUGCCUAUCCCAGGACGUAUUGGGCAUGGAGGUACAUGAAGUUAGCAGUCUUGUUGCCUAUCCCAGGACAUAUUGGGCAUGGACAUACAUGUACAUUAAGUUAGCAGUCUUGUUGCCUAUCCUAGGACGUAGUGGGCAUGGACAUACAUGAAGUUAGCAGUCUCAUUGCUUAUCCUAGGACAUACCAGACAUAGACAUACAUGAAGUUAGCAGUCUCAUUGCUUAUCCUAGGACAUACCAGACAUAGACAUACAUGAAGUUAGCAGUCUCAUUGCUUAUCCUAGGACAUACCAGACAUAGACAUACAUGAAGUUAGCAGUCUCAUUGCUUAUCCUAGGACAUACCGGACAUAGACAUACAUGAAGUUAGCAGUCUUGUUGCCUACUUUCAGCACAGUUGUACCUGUACAAGAAGUUAUACAUGUAUACAUGUACGUGCACUGAAACAUGCUGACAUGCUUUACUUGCAUGUACGUGCACUGAAACAUGCUGACAUGCUUUAUCUACAUGUACGUGCACUCAAACAUGCUGACAUGCUUUACCUACAUGUACGUGCACUCAAACAUGCUGACAUGCUUUACCUACAUGUACGUGUACAGUACAUGUUAGAGUGAUGGUAUUGGUCAUAUAUAGAUGUACAAGUACUUGAACAAAAUUAACAUUUAAAUUACAUGUAAUAAGGAAAUUAUUAAAUAUAUUGUUACAUGUAAUUUGUAUACAUGCACACGUAUGUUUCAUAAUGAUAACUGUCAAUAUGAUACUAUUACAUAUAAUUAUAUUAUAUAAUAUGACUUGUGAUAGAAUCUUUUGUUAUAGUCAGAAAUGUUAUUGGUAUGUUUUAGUCAUUUGUUGGCUUGAGGUUUGUUGACAAAUUCAUCACUCACUUAAGUGUUCAUUUUGAGCUGUAAGCUAUAAGAAAACUGCUCGGGUGAUGUGGAUGAAUUUAUUCUUGACAUUGGAGUGAUCCCAGUAAUUCAGCUAAAAUCUCAGUUGUCUUUGUUGUCAUAUAUGACUGCAGUUCUCUGCGUGCCAUUCAAUAUAACUCUGAAGCACAUACAUACGUAUGCCUAUAAACUUCAUUGAGCUCUAGUCCUGAGCUAGUUGGCAGCUUUUUCUCUUUAUUUUUUUUUCUAUUUGUUACUGCAUAUGUUAGAUUAAUUUCUGCAGCAUGUUAUCAUGAUUCAGAUAAACUCAGCCAAAUACCUGUACAGGGUUAAAUGAUCAUCCGAUGAAGCACAUGUAUAUUUGUCUUUAGGGGUAAUCGGUUAUUUAUUGACGGCUAUAUACCUGAACAGCAUGUUGCUAUUAAAAUGAUGAAAGACCAGUAUCGAUCAGUGUCUAACAGUGGCUAAUAGGGGUAACUGGCUAUUUAUUGACAGCUGAUUAGCUGAACAGCAUGUUGCUAUUUAAAUGAUGACAGACCAGUAUUGAUCAGUGUCUAACAGUGGCUAAUUAUAUUCCUUAUUUCAGUGUCUAAUGUUAUUGCCAAUGCUUCACUAGAUCACAGUACUCUCUAUUUCUCGAUACUGUUUACCAUCUUCUUCGUGUCAGUACAUUUAUAAAUACAUUACUUUUGUAACCAAUCAUCCUAAUGUACAAGGUAAGGCUUAGAAGUGUUCUUGUGUGAUGAAAAUCACAUCUUUGUCUGUGAAGGACUUAAUUAACCAUGUGAAAUUUCCACAUUUUUCAUGAUGUUAGUACAGCAGGCUGGGUAAAGACAUGAUGUUAGUACAGCAGGCUGGGUGAUGACAUGAUGUUAGUACACCAGGCUGGGUGAUGACAUGAUGAUAGUACAGCAGGCUGGGUGAUGACAUGAUGUUAGUACAGCAGGCUGGGUGAUGACAUGAUGUUAGUACACCAGGCUGGGUGAUGACAUGAUGAUAGUACAGCAGGCUGGGUGAUGGCAUGAUGUUAGUACAGCAGGCUGGUGAUGACAUGAUGUUAGUACACCAGGCUGGGUGAUGACAUGAUGUUAGUACAGCAGGCUGGGUGAUGACAUGAUGUUAGUACACCAGGCUGGGUGAUGACA